GAGAGAGAGAGAGAGAAGUGGGGUAGAAGACAAGAGAAACGGCUUCCUUCUUUAUGCUCUUUCAUUGUGGUGUUUACAACUGCCACCCAUUAGCCAGAGAGGCACAACUCAGCGUCCCUCUUUCUAUCCCUCUCUCUCUCCCUCUCUCUCUCUAAACCCCGUUCACUUCUAUUUUUUCAUUCUUUGAUUGUUUGUUUGAUUUCUUCGCCCUUUUGGGUUUUUGGAUUUGGUUCGUUGCGACUGCCCGAUUUUCCCGUUGGGGGAUUGCGUCUUCGGCAGCGAUUCCGGUUUGAUCCGGAGUUUCUUCGGCGGCUGCGAUAAAUUUGGGGAGGAAGAGAGAAUGUGGAGUACGUCGAGGUUUCUCGAGAGAGUGUAUUUGAUGGCGGAAGGAGGAUCUCAUUACUGUUCUAAAAAGACGGACGAUAUCUGCGGCGACGGCUGCGAUGAGGAAUCUGGCAGAACGUUGAGCAUGUCAAGACUGCGAUGUUUUCUGCGGGGGAUGGAUUUGAAAACUUACAUCUUUCUAUUUGUUAUGGUCCCGACAUGCAUCUUUGUUGCAUAUGUGCAUGGGCAAAAGAUCUCAUACUUCUUGAGGCCCUUGUGGGAAUCCCCGCCUAAGCCCUUCAAUGAAAUCCCUCACUAUUAUCACGAGAAUGUGUCAAUGGAGAAACUCUGUAAACUUCAUGGGUGGGGGAUUCGUGAGUACCCACGGCGUGUUUUUGAUGCGGUGUUGUUCAGUAACGAGCUUGAGAUUCUAACAUUAAGAUGGAAAGAACUGUACCCCUAUGUGACGGGGUUUGUUCUUCUUGAGUCAAACUCAACCUUCACUGGAUUUCCAAAGCCUUUGACUUUUGAGAAAAGCAGAGAUCAGUUUAAAUUUGUUGAGUCACGGUUGACAUAUGGAAAAAUUCCAGGGAGAUUUAGGAGGGGGGAAAACCCAUUCAUUGAGGAGGCAUAUCAGCGACUAGCGUUGGAUCAUCUCCUCAAACUAGCUGGCAUUACAGAUGAUGACUUGUUGAUAAUGUCAGAUGUUGAUGAGAUACCAAGCAGGCACACCAUCAAUCUCCUGAGGUGGUGUGACGACAUACCUCCAAUCCUCCAUCUCCGAUUGAAGAACUAUCUGUACUCCUUCGAAUUUUUGGUGGAUAAUAACAGCUGGAGGGCUUCAGUCCACCAGUAUCAGUCUGGUAAGACGAGGUAUGCACAUUACCGCCAGUCCAAUGUCAUUUUGGCUGAUUCAGGUUGGCAUUGUAGCUUCUGUUUCCGUCAUAUCAAUGAGUUCAUAUUCAAAAUGAAAGCUUACAGCCAUUUUGACAGAGUGAGAUUCUCUCGUUACUUGAACCCUAAAAGAGUUCAAAAAGUGAUCUGCAAAGGGGCUGAUCUAUUUGAUAUGCUACCGGAGGAGUACACUUUCAAGGAAAUUAUCGGGAAAAUGGGACCGAUUCCCCACUCCUAUUCGGCUGUUCAUCUUCCUUCGUAUCUUUUGGAAAACGCCGAUAAGUACAAAUUUCUCUUGCCUGGCAAUUGCAUGAGAGAAGAAAGUGGCUGAGUGCAGUGAGUGCCGAUGUAUGUCUCUGUAAAGGUUGAAGGUGCCGCUGGGCGCUACUCCUCAGGAAGAGCUUCGCUGAUGAUUGCAGGGGUUGCCAUUACAGCUCUACUCCAUGUCCGUCAAUAUUUAUGUCAAUUCUUUUCAGGAAUGUUUGAAAAUAGGAUGAAUUCUUGGAUUUUGUAGGAUGAAAUUUGUAUAUAGCUUACUCCUUAGAGUUGGUUUUCGUCUGAUGAGGUGAAACAUAUCUAUUUGUUCAACGGGGAGCUUAUUUGUGACUUU